UCGGCCGGUCGAGUAGUGUGCCCAUCGCUCGGUAUUUGUCCUGCCACACGUGUUGCGUUCCCACUUGCGCCUGUCUACUGUCUGCCGUCAGACGCCUGCCGUUUGCGUUCCGUUUUGCGCGUCUCUCUGUUAGAUUACGUUACGUAUGCCUCAUUGAGGCGCAAAAGUAAAGCGGAAUAAUAAUAAUAGUAAUUAUGUGAAUGGAAAGUGGAGUGCACAAAACAAAUCGAACCACAGAAUAUAUCAGCAUUUCAGUGAGAAAAUACAGCCACAAAUUAAAGAACGUGAAAAGCAAAUAGCAAAAAACACAACAAAAAUAAAAAAGAAUGUUAAAUAGUUUAAGCAUUUUUGCUAGAACGUGGUGGAACAUCAUCAAUGUGAGUGCUGCGGCUACUGGGCUCUUCUGCUAGAGCGCCGCGCUCGCUCGGGGGCAAUGAAAUCACGGAAGCUGCCAAAGGGCUUCGUGCUUUGUGGCCUGAACUGUCUGACCUUCGUUUACUUCCCGCUCGUUCUGCCCAUACUGAAAUGUUCGGCCGGUGCCGCGGCCGGCGCGGGCGCCAGCGGCAACGCCAAGGCCAGCGACGAUUUCGACUAUCGCAUGCAACGCGUCCGGAACGUCCUGAAGGAGGUGCCCCUCAUCGAUGGCCACAACGAUCUGCCCUGGAACAUACGCAAGUUCCUCAAGAAUCAGCUGAAGGAUUUCCACUUUGGUGGCGAUCUCCGGGAGCUGGCACCCUGGUCCUCGAGUGCCUGGAGCCACACAGAUCUGCGCCGUCUCAAGGAGGGCAUGGUCUCUGCCCAAUUCUGGUCGGCCUACGCCCCCUGUUCGUCGCAGCAUCUGGAUGCCGUGCAGCUGACACUGGAGCAAAUCGAUCUAAUACGCCGCCUUGUGCAGCUCUAUCCCCAUCACUUGGCGCUCGUGACGACGGCCACGGGCAUCGAGCAGACACAUCGCACGGGCAAGAUCGCCAGCCUGAUAGGCGUGGAGGGUGGCCAUGCCAUUGGCACCAGCCUGAGUGUCCUGCGAAUGUUCUAUCAGCUGGGAGCGCGUUACUUGACUCUCACACACACCUGCAAUACACCUUGGGCGGACUGCUGCAAAGUUGACGAGCCCGGAAAGUAUCCACACAUAGGCGGACUUUCGCAGUUCGGCAAGUUGGUGGUCAAGGAGAUGAAUCGUUUGGGCAUGAUUGUUGAUCUGUCGCAUGUGUCGGUGCCAACAAUGCUGGAUGCUUUGGCCGCCUCCAGGGCGCCGCUCAUCUUCUCGCACUCCUCGGCGCAUGCCAUCUGCAACAGUUCCCGCAAUGUGCCCGAUCAUGUCCUGCAACGCAUUGCAAUAAAUGGCGGUCUGGUUAUGGUCGCCUUUUAUCCACAUUUCGUCAGCUGCUCGGGACAGGCAACACUGCACGAUGUUGUUGCGCAUAUCAACCACAUAAGGGAGGUGGCUGGCAUCGAUCAUGUUGGCAUUGGUGCUGGCUACGACGGAGUCAACUUAGUGCCCAAAGGACUGGAGGAUGUGUCCAAAUAUCCGCAUCUUUUUGCUGCCCUACUCGAGUCUGAUAAAUGGUCAGAGGAGGAUAUUGCCAAGUUGGCUGGCAAGAAUCUAAUACGUGUAUUCAAGGAAGUCGAAGCGGUGCGUGAUCAAAUGGAACUCCUGCGGGUGCCACCCAUUGAUCAGUCAAUUCCAGCCGAAGACAUUAUGGGCCGAUCCUAUUGUCGUUACCAAGGACCAAGAACGUGAUAAUUUCUUCAUAUGUAAAAGUUCACCCAUUCACACAUAUACAUAUACAUAUACAUAGACGUACACAUAUACAUAUACAAAUAGAGCGCAUCCUGAGGCGCGAGAGAGAAUGGCAAAAAAUUAUGUCAAGCGUACGUGUUGUAAAGUGAAACUUGUUUUAGGUUAAUUGACAAAGUUUUCCUCUCUUUUUUUUUUGCGCUGUUCUUGUUGUAUUUGUUGAGUAUUGUUUGCGUGCGUCUAUGUGUGUGUAGACAACGGUACACACACAAACGCAAGCCAUACACAUACUUAGACAUUUUUCAAUCGCUCAGACCUGGGGCAGUUGGCCAGCUGGUGCUGCCAGACAACUUUGUGCGCAGCUGGCAUCGCCCAUAAACAAAUACCAAGUGGCAAGCAGAGACUGCCACAUACACCCCCAAGCCCCUACCGCCAUCCCUCACCCCAGAUUCGCCAACAUUGUGUAAAUAUCAUAGCCAUGUUUAUUUUUAUCUCUAGCUCUAAGUCAGGCAGCGUCAGGGGAUAAAAAAAUAUAGUGGAAGAAAAAAUAAGGAAGCAGAAAAAAUCUGGAAAAAAAGCGCACAUAAAAGCUAGGAAAAAGUAAACCCUAUAAUAGUUAAAGUAAAGCACAGUUAGCCGCAAAUUAAUAAAUCUGAAAACAAAGUGAAAACGGGAUGGAAACAAAAACGCAUAAAACCCAAAGCUGAUCCCCAAAAAGUCAAGAGGAAAAUCUAAUUUAUCAGCAAGUAUUUUUUCUAUGAAAAAGUUAUUAAAGUUUAACAAAAACCAAAAAAAAAGAAAUGGAAAAUAUCUAAUAGUUAAUACAUAAAAAAUACCUGUUACAGUUUUAUAUACGAUUAUCGCUGGGCCCAUGAAUGGCCAUUGGGGUGGGGAGAUUGACACGAUUCCGUUGUGGGAUUGGGGCUCAUUAAUCUCAGCCACUGAGCCGCUUUCAUUAGCCCGGUGAAUGCAUUCAAAGGGUUUAAUUACAACACGUUAUUCGUUUAAAGCGUUUUUAAUUUUGUUAUUAACCUAAAUGAAAUUCUCAUUUAAUUAGUUAAUUAACAUUAAACAUUUAAUUAGCCAAGAGUUUUUAUUUAUAUGAAACAAAAUACAGCAAUUAUAAAUGGGAAAGGCCAAAAAAAAAAAAACAAAAACAAAAAGAAACAAACAAACAAAAUGAAAGUUAUUCAAUGCACGCAUUGAAUGUAACCACACUUUUUGCAUCAUUUGGCAAUUUGUAAGGCUUAUAUGCCAAUCUUUUAAUCAAUAUUCAAACAAAACGUUGCGCUG